CCUCGUCGAUCAUGAAUCCUGUGAAGCGAACAAGCAUUGCUUUUGCUUCUUCUUCUUUUCGUGAGAGAAAAAUGGGGAAGCUUUUAAACAAUGUCGGAGUGUUUGGCAUUCUAAUAGUUACGCUAGUGAUGGUGGUGGGAAUAGCGGAAGGUAGGAGGAUAGAGGAAGACAAACUGCAUCAUGGUGUAGGUGGUGGUGGUGGUGCCGGAGGUGGUUCUGGUGGAGGGUUCGGUAAGGGUGGUGGUGUUGGUGCUGGCGGAGGUGCAGGAGGUGGUGCCGGUGGAGGUUUUGGUAAAGGUGGUGGCGCUGGUGGAGGUGCUGGAGGUGGAGGUAUUGGUAAAGGUGGUGGAGUCGGUGGUGGUGUAGGAGGAGGUAAAGGUGGAGGAAUUGGAGGAGGCUCGGGUGGUGGAGUAGGUGGCGGUGCAGGAGGUGGUGCGGGUGGAGGUGGCGGAAUCGGAGGAGGCUCUGGCGGUGGUGUAGGUGGUGGUGCAGGAGGAGGUGCGGGUGGAGGUGGCGGAAUCGGAGGAGGCUCUGGUGGUGGUGUAGGUGGUGGUGCAGGAGGAGGUAAAGGUGGAGGUGGCGGAAUCGGAGGAGGCUCUGGCGGUGGUGUAGGUGGUGGUGCAGGAGGAGGUAAAGGUGGAGGUGGCGGAAUCGGAGGAGGCUCUGGCGGUGGUGUAGGUGGUGGUGCAGGAGGAGGUAAAGGUGGAGGUGGAGGAAUCGGAGGAGGCUCUGGUGGUGGAGUAGGUGGUGGUGCCGGAGGUGGUAAAGGUGGAGGUGUCGGAAUCGGAGGAGGCUCUGGCGGUGGUGUAGGUGGUGGUGCAGGAGGAGGUAAAGGUGGAGGUGGAGGAAUUGGAGGAGGCUCUGGUGGUGGAGUAGGUGGUGGUGCAGGAGGUGGUAAAGGUGGAGGCAGAGGAAUCGGAGGAGGAUUUGGCGGAGGAGCUGGAGGCGGUGGUGGUUUUGGUGGUGGCACCGGUGGAGGAGCUGGACGUGGUGGAGGCUUUGGUGGUGGUUCUGGCGGAGGAGGAGGAAUUGGGGGCGGCUUUUAAGUCCAAUGCAUCCCAAAUACCUUACUCUUCUUACGCGUAUAGCGCGCAUUUCAUAUAAUGUAAUAGAAUGGAAUCCCAUGCACUUUGUAAUCAGCAUGGCCAUGCAGUAGCUAUACGUACGUAUCAAGAGCUAACUAGUGUAGUAGAUUAAUAACCGAAUCUAUGAAAUAAAGGGAUAUAACGUUGCUAUCUA